UGUUCUAAGUGAGAUCCAGUUUGUGAUUCUUUCCAUCAGCCUCUAAUUGAUUAUUCUGACCAGGGACAGCGUUUAAUGAGUGAAAGUAGCAUUUCUAACAGUGGAAAAAGGCAGGUGAAAAAGGGUGGCUUCGAGUGAAAGACAAUGUACAUCCGGGCCUUUAUUGGAAAGUCGAGAGAUUGGUGAAUAGAAGUGAUGUCGUGUGCUUCCUCUUGUGAAAUUGGAAUCCCAAGUAUUAUUUAACUGGAGUGGAGAAGUCAUGCACGUACAUUUUCUCAAUUGUCGAGAGAAGAUCUUCAGUGUCUGUAGCUGGUAAUGCAUCAUCGGGAGACAACAAUCUUCAAGACGCUCGUUCGUCGUCGCUGAACUUUGCAAACACUCGAGUUUUCGUGAACUAUUGGGAGUAAAUUCUUCAUGAUUCUCCACGAUCAUCCGUGGCAGAUGCAGAGGCUGAGGCAAAUGCCAAGGCGACGACAGGGGAAAUAGUUAUUCCUCAUCAUUCACAUCAGGCGUCUUCCUCACCUCAAUAUUCAUGGCUGCUUCGUGAAUUGAACCACGCAGUCGAAAAAGGACAUGGAGUCAAUCGUCUAGUGAUAAAUCACACAUCACAAAUAUUAACUCAAAGAAAGGUUUAUUUCUCGCAAAAUCUGCAAAGACUCUUCAAGAGAAUUUUCCAUCAGUGAUCCAGAAUGUCUUCAGAGCGAUCCAUUCCCCAUCUUAGGGACAUAUUUGGGCUCUCGAGCUACUCAUCUCUUGGCGGAGGAACGCAGAAGACAGGCGAUUUACACCACAGCAAUUUAGCAGUUAAUGAUACUCACUCGAGUGGGAAGCAAUCGAAGAAGCGGCGCGACAAGAGUGCAUCGAAUGGCGAUGUGAAAACCCUUGAGAGACACUUGAGUAUGAAGAAGACCAUUAGAAAGAAGAUAAUGCGCGAUUUGCAGCAAGCUUUCGUGGAUGAUCCCAAUGAGUUUAAAGUGGAAAAUCCAACAGCGGAUCAGCUGAAGGCCGAGUUGAAUGCUGAAGCCCUGAGAUUUGGAGACAAUCGCCGCAUGAGGAAGUCAGACAAUUUCCUGGACAUGCUUCGCGGUGACCAUCAAAAGACUUACGAUUAUCAGGAUGUGGAGCAUCACAAGAAGCGAGGUGGCAAUGGUGACUUUGGCGGAAGUGAGAAGCAAAGCUUCUGGAGUCGACUUGGGAUGCGAAAGGGCAACAAGAGAUAGAAAUUUUCAUGACAUCGGCGAAUUUUCCUCAAAAUUUAUCUACAUAUUAAGGCUCAUGAUGAAAUUAUUGAAAAAAAUAUAUAUUAUUGUGUAAAAAAUAUUGGUAUUCCUAUCUCUCUUACCAUGUGAAUUCUAAUGUUUGUAUUAAUGAAUUUAUUGUAGGAUUUAAUAAAUUAGUCACAAAAACUCAUGGCUUUUUUGUGAGACGCUGCAAACUUUCUCUGAGUGCAAUCAUCAGAAUUGCAAUUGCAUUUCCAAUGCCGAAUGAAUUAUUUAUCUCACACAUUUCCACUUGCACUGAAACAAACUGUCCUUGCAUGCACUUGAGGAAAGGGCAAUUCAAUGGAUCAUCAAUUAGAACAUACGAAAUAUGAUGAGAUUAUUUAUUACUUUAAUUUUCCACGACACGUUAGAAAAAUCACUUCAAUGCUUGACAAAUUAAUUUAAGUAUAAACAAGACCAAACAAUCCCGUAAUUAGAAUUCAAAAUUGUCAAAUGUAUUUAAAUGAUUUUCUAAUAUUAAGCAAAUUGUGUAAUCCUAUAAAAAUGAAGUUGAAAGCCCCUUGAUAAUGUGUAAAGCAAAUUGACAGCUUUCAUGAAUGGAAAAUUUCCGUAAACAUUGCUUGUAAAUCUCGUGUAUUUCAUCCAUAUUAUGUGUAACGCAUUUUCCUCACUUAAAGCUCUUAAAGCAGAAUAACAUGCAUUCUAUACUCACAUGGCAAAUGAUGAUUGUAUUGAUCUGAAUAUUAUAAACUUAGGAAAUAGAAAGCACAAUAGAAAAUCAAUCAAAAGGACUCUCGUGUUUCCCUUUUUCCAGCUCAGCUGAUGACAAUAAGUUACGCCAUCUAGGAUGGAGCAUUGUAGAGCAAACAAAUAUUAA